ACCAUGUCAAAUAACGGCCUCGACAUUCAAGACAAACCCCCAGCCCCUCCAAUGAGAAACACUAGCACUAUGAUUGGAGCUGGCGGCAAAGAAGCUGGAGCUCUGAACCAUGGCUCCAAACCCCUACCUCCAAACCCAGAGGAGAAGAAAAAGAAGGACAGAUUUUACCGAUCCAUCUUAACUGGAGAUAAAACCAAUAAGAAGAAGGAGAAGGAACGGCCAGAAAUUUCUCUUCCUUCAGAUUUUGAGCACACAAUUCAUGUUGGCUUUGAUGCUAUCACAGGGGAAUUUACAGGAAUGCCGGAACAGUGGGCCCGCUUGCUUCAGACAUCAAAUAUCACAAAGUCAGAGCAAAAGAAAAACCCACAGGCUGUUUUGGAUGCAUUGGAAUUUUAUAACUCGAAGAAGACCUCCAACAGCCAGAAGUAUAUGAGUUUUACAGAUAAAUUAGCUGAGGACUAUAAUUCCACUAACAAUUUGAAUGUGAAAACAGUGUCUGAGACUCCUCAAGUGCCACCAGUUUCUGAAGAUGAAGAUGAUGAUGACGACGAUGCUACCCCACCGCCAGUGAUUGCUCCACGCCCAGAGCACACAAAAUCUGUAUAUACACGGUCUGUGAUUGAACCACUUCCUGUUACUCCAACUCGAGAUGUGACUACAUCUCCCAUUUCACCUACUGAGACUAGUACCCCUCCAUCAGACGCGCUGACCCGGAAUACUGAAAAACAGAAGAAGAAGCCUAAAAUGUCUGAUGAGGAGAUAUUGGAGAAAUUACGGAGCAUAGUGAGUGUGGGCGAUCCUAAGAAGAAAUAUACACGGUUUGAGAAGAUUGGACAAGGUGCUUCGGGCACCGUGUACACUGCAGUGGAUGUGGCCACAGGACAGGAGGUGGCCAUUAAACAGAUGAAUCUUCAACAGCAGCCAAAGAAAGAGUUGAUUAUUAAUGAGAUCCUGGUCAUGAGGGAAAACAAAAACCCAAAUAUUGUGAACUACUUGGACAGUUACCUGGUGGGAGAUGAGCUCUGGGUUGUUAUGGAAUACUUGGCUGGAGGCUCUUUGACAGAUGUGGUUACAGAAACCUGCAUGGACGAAGGCCAGAUUGCUGCCGUUUGCCGAGAGUGCCUGCAGGCUUUGGAGUUUCUCCACUCAAACCAGGUUAUUCACAGAGACAUCAAGAGUGACAACAUCCUAUUGGGAAUGGAUGGAUCUGUCAAGCUGACUGACUUUGGAUUUUGUGCCCAAAUCACUCCAGAGCAGAGCAAACGGAGCACCAUGGUGGGAACCCCAUACUGGAUGGCGCCUGAGGUUGUGACAAGGAAGGCCUAUGGGCCCAAGGUUGACAUCUGGUCCUUGGGCAUUAUGGCAAUUGAAAUGAUUGAAGGGGAACCCCCAUACCUCAAUGAAAAUCCUCUGAGAGCAUUGUACCUCAUUGCCACCAAUGGGACCCCAGAACUUCAGAACCCAGAAAAACUGUCAGCUAUUUUCCGGGACUUUCUUAACCGCUGUCUUGAGAUGGACGUGGAGAGGAGAGGUUCAGCUAAAGAGCUGCUGCAGCAUCAGUUCCUGAAGAUUGCCAAGCCCCUCUCUAGCCUCACUCCACUGAUUGCUGCAGCAAAGGAGGCAACCAAGAACAGUCACUGAAACAAUGCCCAGCCUCGCCGCUCUGUGCCAAGACGUCUGUGAAAUGCUCAUUUCAGAAACCUCAAUCCCUGAUGCUCUCCCUUCUUUGUCUUGCUCCUCUCAUUUUCUGAUAGUUCUCUC